AUGCCAGCACUGCCUGAGCCACCUCAUCAGCUACUCAAGAUGCUGAAGGAUGACAGCUUUACCGCUCUUGCAAGAGCGAGCCAUAACAGAAAGAAAGCGGAGAAGCUAUCAAACGAGUUGGAAGAUGAAGAAAUUACACGUCUAUUUACUCCGAGCACAAACCGUCAGAUUUCCUUCAGACGUGCACCUGCCUUCAUCGCGCUCUUGACAGUCGUGCUUGCUCCAUGGUUCUUUAUCCCGAGCUACUCUCUUCACUACUCGUCCCUGGUAUUAGGCGGCUUGUCAGACUCCUUCGCCUCUCGCAUGUUCAAUUUCGCUCCUCGGUUUGACGCCCUGGAGGAUGCAUUGGAGAACCUGGAAUUGCGACUUUCUUACCUGGAAGCGCAUUGCAUCUCCACUAGCUCUGUGGACAGAUACGUUCGUCAAGCAUUGGACCAGCAUUCCCUUGCCUAUCUAGGCCGAAAGGAUUACGCGUUGGAAUCCCAUGGUGGUAGGAUUAACUAUGAUCUUACCAGCCAACCUGUUAGAACCAGCGUCUGGCAUAUCCCCCUUCUAUCGAGCUCGCAGCCUACACCUUCCCCCGAGGUUGCCAUCGAUGCAGACAACGGCCUUGGUUCCUGUUGGCUUUUGGAAGCGACCUCCGGGCAACUUGGGAUCACCCUCGCGCGACGGAUCAGGGUCUCCCAUAUCACACUCGAGCAUGUGCCACCUCAGGUUUCAGAUAUGAGACUCGCACCCCGUCAGCUAUUGAUAUGGGGGAUGGUAGACGACGAGUCUGCUGCUCAUCGAAUCCGGGAAGCCUCCAUCAAGUACCCUCUUUCGUUAACCAACCGCCUCCAAACCAAGCCUUCUCCGCUAAUUUCGGCAAGCCAGUUUUUUGUUCCCUUGGUUUUGUUUGAGUAUGACAUACAUUCCGAUGAUUUGAUACAAUCCUUCUCUGUUAUAGACGAUUUUACAUUACUGGACGUCGCUUUUGAGACCAUAGUAGUAGAUAUAUUAGAUAAUUAUGGCGGGGGGGAAACUUGCCUGUAUCGUGUUCGCGUGCAUGGUGAAGAAGCUUAG